AUGAGCUCACUUAACAACAAGAACUAUCAACCUAACAAUUUCAACAUAAACUACGGAUUAAUGGAAGCCACAUAUACCGCUCCCCUAAUGCAAGUACAGUCCAAUGUAAGUGACAAUGUCAAUGAAUGGAUGACCGACUUUAUAGUACACUCAGCACCAGUCACAACUAUCAAUAGCCCUUCAGGAACACACGCAAUGUUGGCCCCACCACAACACUUAUCACAACCAAUUAACUUCUCACAGUAUUUCGAUGACGAUGCCAUAUUCAGCCAACCAGAAUCUGCAAACUCAUCUAAGCAAACUUCCAUUACUAAUAGCCCAUCCAACUUCGGAGUUGCUACCAAUGGAAACGUUUAUAAUACCCCUGCUUCCAAUGCAGUUGUUAAUGAUGUCAUACUUCCAAAUUUGGCAGAAGCAAAUAUGAAACUUAGCCAAAGAGAAAACCUAAACCUUGAAACCUUAGAAACAAUAUUUGAUACCAAAGAUAUAUUAAAAACUGAACCAGUCGAUGUCAAAAUAAAACUCAAUAAUACUCCACAAUCAUAUCUUACAACCCCAGUAAUGUCACCUAGUAUUUCUAAUGCUGAAGCUACUCCAUUAUCUGGAAAUUCAUCAGUGGCAUCCAGUACCAACACAUCACCAACUAGAGGUAACGGAAAAACACCUACUGGUAAACCUAAAAGAAGAGCACCUAGAAAGAAGUUAACCGAAGUACAAAAGAAAGCCCAUAACAAGAUAGAAAAGAGAUAUAGAAUAAAUAUUAAUGCAAAGAUAGCUGGCAUUCAAAAGAUCAUUCCUUGGGUGGCAUUGGAAAAGACAGCAUUUGAAACUGGUGAAAAGACUGACGAAGCCGACAAUGGAUGUGCCAGACUUAAUAAGUCAAUGAUCUUAGAAAAGGCAACUGAUUAUAUUCUUUAUUUACAAGAAAGAGAAAAACAAAUAAUGGACGAAAAUGAAAUACUAAAACAAAAGGUUAUUUCUUUAGGUGGUUCCAUAUAA